AGCAACAACCGAUAAAAAAGAGAGAAAGGACGGAGGGAGAGUUGGACAUAACGCUGACCUACCCGAUCCAUCCUGGCUCCAGUCUUGGCGCACAACACCCGCGUCACCGUCACCGCGCCCGCUCCAUCACUCACGCCCCAUCUCCACAAAUGGCGCCAACCGACCGCGAGGAACGACGUCGCAUGCGCCAGCGCGGCGCCGGCGCCGGAGCAGUUACGAGCGGAAACUUCGGCUUCACCUUCGGCGGCAGCGCGCCUGCCUUCCCACAGCAGCCCUCCUCUCGCGGCACCCCCAAAGCGCUGCCCGCGCAACGCUCCACGCGCCGCACCCCGGCCCCGCUGCCCCCGAGCGCGUCGUCGCGCCGUACGCCAGCUGCGCCGAGGUCCGCGUCCGCCGAGCCGUCCAACCUGCAGAAGAGCGCGAGUGCGCAACGGUCGGCGAAGACGAAGACGCCGCGCCAGGCGGGGGAGGAAGCGUUACUUGCGACGCCGUCGGUGCAGGGCGCGCUGGAAGCUCCCGAUGAGAACCAGGAAGAUGAGCUGGAGGGAAACGACGAGGAGUACCAGACCUCGGCGAGGAAGAGCCAGGCUGAGCCAGCGCCCCCGCCGAGCGUAGAGAGGCGUGCUGUGGCUACGCCGAGGGUGGCUAUGGAGGAAGCGGAGGACGAGCUUGAGCAAGACGACGAGGAUCACGCCUUGUCAACCGCGAGGAAAUCACGCGCGUCUCUGGAGCUCGACAGAAGGACGGCGAGCCCGGCCGAGUCUGCCAAGAAACGGCGGGGUCGGCCACGCAAGUCGCUGCCCGAUCCUGUGGCAGAACCAUCUCCGGCCGCCCGUGCUUCAGAUCAGCAAGCGCAGGUCGAACUUCCCAUACACAAGAAGAGAGGAAGGCCGCGGAAAUCCGACGCUUCUGUUGUAGCACAGUCCACGGUUGAAGAGACGCCUAAGAAGGCUGGAAGAGGGCGCCCAAGAAAGAGCGGCAGUGCGGUUAAGCCUGUGGCAUCACCUAGCACACAAGGGAGGCAGGAUCGGAGCGAAGAUGGCUGGGAUGGUCUUCCGCCGGCCCAGAAGCAACCUGCUAGUGCCAAAGCACGCAAGAGGACAUCUUUCCGUUCUACCCAAGACGAGGCUGAGGAGCAAGAUGAGGAAGGCGAUGAGCUAGAUGAGGACGAAGACGAAGAACAAGAAGAAGAGGAACCGGAAAACGAAAACGAGGCAGAAGAGACAGACGAUGAGCUGCAAGACGACCAAUCACGCCAAUCCUCCGUCGAAAUGCAGCACGAAGCCCGGCCUCCAGCGCCCAAACCCAAGCCCACCAAACGCAAAGCCGCACAAGACGGCGCGCCGCGCAAGCGCCAAAGACGCACCACCGACAUCGCAGCCACCACGCCCCGCAUCCCCAUAACCGUGUACCGGCUCUCGUACCCGCGCCGCGCGGUCGCAAACGACGACGAAGACGCCUCCGAAGACGAGCUCGCGCCCGCCCACCCCAUCAUGCGCGCCCCGGCCAUCAACCCCAUCGACGUCCUCGCCCAAGUCACGGCCGAAAUGACCGCCCGCGCCGCAACAAGCCUCAUGCAGCAAUCGCAGACGGAGCCGCUAAAACCCAAGCGCAGCGAACUCAAACGCCGCGCCAAGACCGCGCAAGCGUUCGGCGCCGCGCUCGCGGACCGCCUCUUCGACCUCACGGAAGCAGUCAACGCGGGCGAAACGCUCAAAUCCCGUCUUAAGGCCGCGGACAAGGAGAAGGCGGCCCUGCGGGCGAGGUUCCUGGACCUCCGCCGCCAGAGAGAGGAGGUCGCGCUGCGCAUGGAUGAGAGCGGCGGACGAGCGGCUGAAUGA